UUUCACACCAACUCCGUUUCUCUUUCCCAAUGGCCAGCUUCCCUCAACAAGAUCCUAACCCUAACCCUAAUCCUAAUUACACUCAUUUUCCCCCAAUCCUCGACCCGUCUGUUUUCUUCGACUUCGACCUCUCCGAUUACCUCAUGCUCAACGACGACAACAUCAACAUCGACGACCAAGCCGCUUCCUCCUCGCCUAGCAUCGCCUCGUCAGAGAAGAUCACUGGAGUGGACAGUGGCAAUAGUUGUGCCGUAGUCGACAGUGGAUCUAGUACCGUAGCAUCGUCAGGAGCGACAUCGUCCAUGAACGAAGGGAAGAAGAAGAAGGAAGAUGUGGGGUGUAGGGUUGCCUUUAGGACCAAAUCGGAGCAAGAGAUCAUGGAUGAUGGCUACAAGUGGAGGAAAUAUGGGAAGAAGUCUGUGAAGAACAGCCCAAAUCCCAGAAAUUACUAUAAAUGUUCAAGUGAAGGAUGCACUGUGAAGAAGAAGGUGGAAAGAGACAGAGAGGAUGCAAGCUAUGUGAUUACUACUUAUGAGGGAAUUCACAACCAUGAGAGCCCCUUUGUGGUUUAUUACAAUCAAAUGCCAUCAUUUACCUAGAUGUCAAUGUAACAAGAUUGUCCAAUUUUGUCAUUUCCAUGUACAUGAUUACAUUUUUUUAUAUUUUGUAUUACUUUUGCAUAGAUAAAUCUAGAAGCCUUAAAGUCCUCUUUGGUGAUGUUGAUA